UUGGUGUCGUGCGCGCGCAGACACGCUUUACUACCAACAGACACGCAAUCUCUCAGAGGAAGUCUGAGAUUGCGUGAGGGGCGACAAAUAAAGUUGAUCACCAACAAACCCCGGCGAGUUGCCUCAUCGCGGACAAGAAAAGUCUGAACGGGAAUAGCGGACGUCUGGACGUCGGGGGUAUGGACUAGCGUCGCCCCGGGGAGAGUCUGCAGAUGGAGGCGGUGAAAAGUUUGCUCUUGCUCGGGGCCGUGUUGCUCCGAGGCUCGGGCUCGUUGGCCAGGGAAGUGUGCCUGGGCACGGACAUGAAGCUUGCCCUGCCCUCCAGCUUGGAAAAUCACUACGAGACCUUGAGGUUACUUUACACCGGCUGCCAGGUCGUCCAUGGCAACCUGGAGAUUACGCACCUUCAUGGAACUCCAGACCUCUCCUUCCUACAGGGGAUUGUGGAGGUGCAAGGCUAUGUGCUGGUGGCUCAUGUCUCCGUGAGCCUGGUGCCUUUGGACAACCUUCGGAUUAUCCGAGGCAGCCAGCUGUACAAUUCCAGCUAUGCCCUGGUGGUGCAGGAUAACACCCGGGACGGUCAGGGUGGACUCAGGACACUUCGUCUUCGGAGCCUAACAGAGAUCCUUCUGGGCGGGGUCUAUAUUUGGGGAAACCCUCAGCUUUGCUUCCCGGACCCCCAGAACAUUGUGUGGAGGGACACUUUGGAUGAGCAGAACGUCCACGCCGGGCCGCACCGACUGCAGCCCAGAGCGUCCGACUGUCCGAGUUGCUCACCUGCGUGCAAGAACAGCUGUUGGGGAGAAACUCCACAGGAUUGCCAAACUUUGACACGGAUCAGUUGCGCGUCAGGCUGCCAGCGAUGCAAAGGCCCUCUGCCCAACGACUGCUGUCACAUGCAGUGCGCCGCCGGAUGCACUGGACCCAAAGACUCCGACUGUCUGGCGUGCCGACACUUCAACGACAGCGGCGUGUGCAAGUACGGUUGUCCCCCGCCCAACAUUUACGACACGGUCACCUUUCAGACCAAACCCAACCCGGACAAAAAGUUUACCUUUGGAGCCACCUGCGUCAAGACCUGUCCAUAUAAUUAUCUAGCUAUGGACGCCGCCUGCACGUUAGUUUGCCCCAAACCCAACCAGGAAGUCAUCAUCUCCAACCCCGACGGGGACGAGACGCAGAAAUGUGAAAAGUGUGAAGGAGACUGUCCGAAAGUGUGUUAUGGCCUGGGGAUGGACAACCUUGGCGUCAUGGACAACCACGUCGUCGCCAUGGUAACCUCUUCGAAUGUGGAACAAUUCAGUGCUUGCAAGAAGAUAUUUGGAAGUCUGGCCUUUCUCCCUCAGAGCUUCAUUUUGGACCCUGCGACCAACACAUCAGGCCUGACUCUUGAGCACCUGAAGGCCUUCAGAAACCUGGAGGAGAUUACAGGUUAUUUGUAUAUCGAUGCCUGGCCAGAAGACUGGAGCGACUUGUCUGUGUUUGAGAACCUGAAGGUGAUCCGAGGCAGGAUGCUCUACAAGGGAGUGUUUUCCCUGGCCGUCCAGAACCUUCACGUUCAGUCGCUCGGGCUCCGCUCGCUACGUAGCAUCAGCGGCGGUUUGAUUCUGUUGCACAACAACCCUCUGCUGUGCUACACCAAUUCGUUACCCUGGAGCAGCCUCCUGCAUCCUACCCAGGGGCCCCACUACAUCGUCAACCAAAACCGAGACGCCCAACUUUGCGAGAGGGAGGGACAUGUGUGUCACUCCCUGUGUGAGGGUGGAUGUUGGGGCCCGGGGCCCGGCCAGUGUGUGUCCUGCAAGAGUUUCCAGCGUGGCACUCAGUGUGUUGAGCAGUGUGACCUCCACCAGGGGUCCGUACGCGAAUACAUCGAUGGAUUCCUGUGCAUCGCCUGCCACGCAGAGUGUCGACCUCUCAAUGGCUCUGUCACAUGUCACGGGCGGGGUGCAGACCAAUGCACCGAGUGCCAGAACUUCCAGGACGGCGAGUUCUGCGUGGAGCAUUGCCCCAGUGGUGUCAAGGAGGACCAGCAGAUGGUGUGGAAGUACAGCAAUGCCACGGGACAUUGUUUGCCGUGCAACACCAACUGCACCCUGUCCUGCACUCAGAUGGAUGAGAGAGGCUGUCCCAUCCAUCCCAAGACGGGACCGGGCACGACUAUCGCUGCCGCUGUGGGUGGCGUGGUGCUCUUCUUCAUCCUACUCACCUUGUUGGUCUUCUUCCUGAGGAGACAGAAGAAGCUGAAAAAGAAAGAGACACUGAGGAGGAUCCUCCAGGAACACGAGCUGGUGGAACCUUUGACACCCAGCGGCGCCUCGCCCAAUCAGGCUCAGAUGCGCAUCCUGAAAGAAACCGAGUUGAAGAAGCUCCGAAUGCUCGGCGCAGGAGCUUUUGGAACCGUUCACAAGGGUGUGUGGACACCCGAUGGGGAAAACGUCAAGAUUCCGGUGGCCAUCAAGGUUUUACGGGAGAACACCUCGCCUAGAGCCAAUAAAGAAAUCCUCGAUGAAGCUUAUGUGAUGGCAGGCGUGGCCAGUCCCUACGUGUGUCGCCUGCUGGGGAUUUGUUUGACCUCCACGGUGCAGCUGGUCACUCAGCUCAUGCCGUACGGUUGCCUCCUCGACUACGUCCGGGAGAACAAAGAUCGCAUCGGCUCCCAGUUCCUCCUCAACUGGUGUGUCCAGAUCGCCAAGGGGAUGAACUAUUUGGAGGAGGUGCGCCUCGUCCACAGAGAUUUGGCAGCCCGCAACGUCCUGGUGAAAAACCCCAACCACGUGAAAAUUACCGAUUUCGGCUUGGCACGCUUGCUGGAUAUCGACGAGACCGAAUAUCACGCCGAUGGGGGGAAGGUUCCGAUUAAAUGGAUGGCGCUGGAGUCGAUCCUGCACAGGAAGUUCACGCAUCAAAGCGACGUUUGGAGCUACGGUGUGACCGUGUGGGAGCUGAUGACGUUCGGCGCCAAACCUUACGACAUGAUCCCAGCCAGAGAUAUCCCCGAUGUUCUGGAAGGCGGCGAGCGGCUCCCGCAACCCCUCAUUUGCACCAUUGACGUCUACAUGAUCAUGGUCAAAUGUUGGAUGAUCGACCCAGACAGCCGACCCAGAUUCAAAGAUCUGGUGAAUGAUUUUUCUGCCAUGGCCAGGGACCCGCCUCGCUAUGUGGUCAUUCAGAACGACGAGCAGAUGAGCAUGUCCAGCCCGGUGGACAGCCACUUCUUCCGCAUGCUUCUGGAGGAGGACGGCAACAACAUGAGGGAGCUGCUGGAUGCCGAGAAGUACCUGGUGCCUCAACCCAAUCUCUAUCCCAGGGGGCAGGGAGACGGGGCGCAGUCAAACGGGCCGUCCAGACAUCAGUCCUACAGGAGUAGAGAUCAGGGCUUAGACGCCGAGCCCCCCGUGGUUGCGGCAGCCCCUCGCUGCAGCUACCCCUCCCUCAGCGCAAUCGCUCGCAAUCAGUACCCCACCCUACCAGGAGGGGCCGGCGCCAUCAACGGUACGUGGACCCCUCAUUACCCCACGCUGGCACGGAGCCCCUCGGCCGGCGGCCAGUCCGACUCGGUCUUCCUGGACGGAUCCCCGGAUGACCCCUCGCUUCCCCCGGCUAGCCCCGGCCGCUACUGCAAAGACCCCACUUACGGGAGUCAGGGCGAACUGGAGGCGGACGGGCCCAACGGGUUCCUUCCUCCUCAUCUUCAUCACUCGCUGCCCAGGAGAAGUCACGUCAAUAAUAACAACCACAUCUCGCCAGAGUACGUCAAUCAGGACGUCCACGAGCCCAAGCCGGAGCGACCCAACACCCUCCCUCGGAAAAUCUCCAAAGUGGACAGACGCCUCCCUAACGGCUUGACGUCAGGCCACAGCGUGGAGAACCCCAGGUACUUGGUCCCUUCCACCGCACCCGCCUUCGACAACCCGUACUACCUGGACCUAGUCGCUAAAGCCAAAGCUGUCACCGACGGCCCGGCGGAACCGGACAGGGACGUACCGAGACAAGUCAACGGAUUUAUCACUCCCACGGCGGAGAAUCCGGAAUACCUGGGACUGGCGGACACCUGGACUGGCUAUACAUAAAGCAUAAGGAGAAGUUCGGUAGGUGGCAGCUCGUGACGGAAGUGAAUGAUGAAUGUGAUCCAGCUGGGCGUGUUUUGGGCGGAUUGCGCAAGAGAGCGUCCGACCAAGUGAGAAGGUACAGACACGCUUUGACUCAUCCGGUGACGUCAAUGUUCCUCUCGACAAUCCGACCUUUCUGGAACGCAAGUUUACUCAGCUGUGAAUAAUUCAGUCCAGGAACAACCGUUUCUCAUCCAAUCGUUUUUUGACUGGACCAUGGAAUGGUUUUUUUUUUUUUUUUUUUUCAGGGUUCUUACUGGCUUAGUAUUUUUGCUCACUGUCUUCAAAAACCUGGCGGGGGUCUCGCCUGGGCUCUAAGACAUUUUUUUUUCUUGGUCAGAGGAGUCCAUGCGAUGCCCUACUCUCCAGCGCGCACACUGUAUGGUGAAGACGGAGGGAGGCGUUGCGUUUGCACGGUAAACAAUUUCCUGCUCGGGUCUCGUUUUUAACCCGACACUUUUAAGACUCUUUAAAUACGUGAAAUAGAGUACGAACGUUGUCAUUUUAACAGGUACAGCAAAAUUAAAAACGGACCGUAAACAGUGAGUCUUAAAAUUGGACAUCAAAAAUAAUAAACAUGCGCCGGUGAAUAUAAUUGUGAAGAAUUAACACAACACGUGUUAAAUGUAGCUGGAGGGCCAAGUUGUUUUUUUGGGGCCUGUUGACUCUGAAGCCGCACGCGUUCCCGCCGCUCGCUUGGCGUUGUCGGUGCACGGCUCAAAUUCCUCCCAGCGACGCGACAAAACACACACAAUGGCGUCCCAGUUAAAAAUCGGCCGACUUUCUGCCCUCAUGUCAACCGGCGCUGGCCAGAGAGCCAAAGCGACUCAAUGGAGACAUUGUCAGACCCUCCGCGUCCAUCUUGAGGAGGCGAGAUUGGUUUUCCCAACAUACGGUAGCAUUGGCGGGACAAUGAUGUCAUCAAAAAGCAACGCUUAAUAAAAUACAUUCGAGUGGAGCAUUUGAAAAUUGAGCCAUUUUCUUCAAUCAGAUGCAAAUAAGGUUUCUCGUCCGUCUUCCAUUGCUAACUUCUGUGAAAUAAGCUUUUUAUACGAUAGAAAUGUUUUUUUAAAAUACUAUAUAUAUAUAUAAUAUUGUUGUACUGAUAUUUGAAUGUGAUAAUGGCACAUAAAAGCUAUAUAAAUAAUGGCCCAAAGUAAAAGAUGAGAUAUGCUAGACCGGAACUGAAUUCUACCAAACUAAACCUAGAAAAAGGAAAUAAUACAAUUCAAUUUGUGUAGAAUUUGCCCAUAAUGUAAAUACUGUAUGUAAUAUUGUGACUAUUUUGUGAUCAGUCUACUGCGGAGUAAAAUCUGUAAGCAAACACAAUAUUUUAUGAAGAAAACGGUCCAUGGAUAUGUUUGCAUAUUGGUUGUGUUUAUGAAUAAAAAAAAAUGCAGACUUA